AUGAUGUUGAGAGCGGUCUUGGUUUUGUUCAAGCUGGCCUUUUUAAUAGCACCAGUCCAUGGGGAACUUCCGGUCGCGGUAUUUUGCGAAGACGGGUGGACUCAGUUCUUCUUGGAUACAGGAACUGGUAAAAUAUGCCUUCAAUUCAACACGGAAGCGCGGUCAUGGCAAGAUGCCGAGAAACACUGUGGAGAAAAUAUUGCGAAUUUGAUGCAGCUGGAUCUGAUAUACCAUUACUUUACUAUCACGGAAGUCGGAGAACAAACCGGAAUAGGAAAUGUCUUAGUAGAAACUUUGCAGAUGAAGGAGUUCUGGUCGGGCAUGAACGUUCAGCACGGGAGACUCAUGUGGGACGACUAUGGGCCUCAAUACGUCCACAAUGAUCGGUAUCGGAUGGCCAUGAGAGUCACUGGCGAAGAACAGAACAGAACAAAGGAAUACUAUAUUCCUCCCAAGUAUACAUAGAUACAACAUAGGGGACAUAUAAUAUAAACGUUACAAAAAUACAUAUCAUGU